ACUAUUAUAGUGGCUCACAAUAUAGGAACAGCUAAGGUUGUACGCUAAAAUAUUAAAUUGCCGGCUUUAGUGACUCAUGGACGUUUCUGUGCGCAGUUUAUGUCAUCUAUUCCUCCAGCAGACAUCAGGAUAUUGUACGCAGAGAUCAGUUUGACUGAUUAAUUUCAUUAAAAGUGCUCAUAAUAAUAUAUUAAUAUAGUGAUAAAAAUCGAACCGCGAUUGUGCACAGUAUCAAUGAAUUCUUUUUAAAUUAUAAACGUCAAUAAAGCACUCAAUAAUUUAUUAUAAUAACAUGAUAAACAUACAGACAAAUGCUUUUCUACUUGUGCCUAGUUUGAAUAAAACGAUGGACAGCAACGUUUGCCCAAAAAUCGAAAAACGAGCGUGAUGCCAAUCAACGGAAAUGCGUUGGCCAAGUACUUGGUCAUGGUGUCACAAGUGAUCGCUUGGUGUACAGUCAGCGCGAUGCUGUUGCGGAGGGGCCUGAACCAGGUGAAUGCGGCCUCGCAGCAACCGCCGUCGCCUUUUUCGUACGACACUAAGCCUUACGGUGGUCCGGACGUAGCAUUCAACGACAACAACGCGACAUCAACCGCGGCUACGGACUCUAACCACCACAAGCAUGGGACGUCGACGGAAAAGUCGUUCAACGAAAACGGUACGCCUGCCGUAGUAGCAGGCGUAGUAAUGAUCGCGAUCGCAGUGAUCAUGUUGAUCAUCAGCCCCACGAUCAUGGUGAUGAAAAUAAUCGAGAAACGCAAGAAAAGGAUCCUAGACACGGAAUUAGAAUCUCCGCCUAAAUAUGAAGACGUGGUGGAAAGCGCCCCAAGAUAUUCGUCAUUAUUUGUAUUUAAUAAUGAUGGUGAAAUGGCAUUAGUGACUGAAAAUAUAUUACACAAAGAAAAGGAUAAUAUUCAAAAACAACUUGUUUGAAAUAAUUAAUUUUAUAUUAUACUAUCUACUUCACAUUACUUACACUGCCACUACAUCGAUUGGCUUACGGUAGAUAGCUAUUCAAAAACUAUUAUUUAUUGAUGGUAUAAUUUAGCGUAUAAACCUAAACUUAUAAGUUAAAACACAUAAACAGGAAAAUAUUGUUAAAUUAAAUGAGAUAAAAGAAGUAAAUAUAAAGUAAUAAAAAUGUAUUCAAUAAAUGUUUAUAAAACUGUUAUAUAUAUUUUU